GGAAUAUAGUUACCAUCCCCACCAUUAUGAGUUGAACCAGCUUCUCUUCAACAAAGGGACGAAAUCCCUCUCUCUCACCUUGCUCUCCUCUGCAAGAAUAUACGGACUACUCCGUCCAUGGGAUCUUAGGCCUGAUCGACAGCGUGUAGCAAACCUCCCGAGUCACUUUCUCUCUGGCCACUGGUGCUUCCUCCUGUUAGAUUUUCGAUUUUCUAUAGCCCAGCCAAUUGACAGCCCCAGAAAUAACGUUAAGCCGAGAGGACUCAGGACAAACGGAUGGCGGGGCGCUCCCUCCAUCGUCGUCCAUGUCUCAGCCUAACUUCCGCCGUGCUGAUUGAAC